AAAAUAAAAGAAUCGCGCGUCACGUACACUCGGUUGUUGAUGACGUACCGUCUACCGUACCGUGUCAUUUCGAUGAGCGAUUUCGCUCCGAGUCACAAAAGAAAUCGAAUGACAGUAUGAGCCCGAGUUUUCUCAUUGAUCGUCUGCGUGAUACACCGAAACGUGACAAAUAACUAGUCCGAAUAUGAAUUGACUCGGAUCGAUAAGAGAGAAGAAAGAUGAUCGGCGAUACAGCGCAGAUCGACAAGGAGCUCGUCGAAUGGAUCGACGGUAUCCCGUUUUCGAAACCCGCGAGGAACUUGACGAGAGACUUUUCAGAUGCCGUUCUCACGGCUGAAGUUCUGAAGUUGUACUAUCCCCGACACGUGGAGCUUCAUAAUUAUGUUCCAGCGAAUAGUAUAAACGCAAAAAAGGAAAAUUGGAAGAUGCUAAAUCGAAAAGUACUCUUGAAACUUGACAUAAAGUUGAGCAGCGAUACAAUCCAUCAACUGGCAAACGGAUCACAAGGCGCAAUCGAGAAGCUGUUAACAAAGCUGAGAAUAAAAGUUCUGAAGGACGGUAUAGAAUUGCACAGGCCAAAAUUCAAGGACUCGUCACUAGAAAGCAAUGUAGAAGGAGAAAAAAUUGGAGAUAGCUCGCCAGACAACGAUCAUUUCAAAUCAUCGAUAGAAAGUUCAAGCCAGCUUGAUACUGGCAACGAAACUCGUGAAAUUAAGCCGUCAAAGUUUACGUGUUUCAAACGAGGGACCCUCGUUUUCUUCGGUUGGAUCAUCUGUUUCUUUCGUAUAUGGAACAUCUUCAGUUACUUCCGCGUACUUCCGUGUUUUCGAAAGCGCGAUGCGCUCGUGAAUGUCACGACGAAGUGGAUUGAAGAUGCAAAUGAUGAAAGUGUGCAACGUACUAUUUACACUGAGCUGAAGCAGGAGCUGCGUGAAAAGGAGGAAGUGAUAAGCACUUUGAACCACAAGAUCGCGUAUCUGGAGAGUUCGAUGAAACUCAAGGAUCUGCGGAUCUCCAGUCUGGCGGCACAAAUCCUGCAAAACGCCGUCGAGAUGGAUCAGUCUGCGAAAUCUCAGUCGAUCGACGGCGCACGCAUUAAAUUACGUUCGCGAUCGCACAAUUUUCACGAAACCAAAACGAAUUAGAAAUCCGUAGCAAUUUAAAUUGCAAACAUGGUUGUAAAAUCAGAAAUAAAAGAUAACAAGAUUUAUUAUAUUAAUUACUAUAUCACACGCAGCAAAAUUUCUUUCGCGUUAUCACAUCGACUUCUUUCAAUUCAAAUUAGGCUGCAUGGAAAUUAGCAAUCAAAUUUUACUCGUGUAAUUCAAUUUUUUGGCUAACGAAAUAGUCGUUUUUAUAAGAUGAUUUAAAUAAACAAUAAAUUAUUUGCUAUACCUUA